AUGGAGCGCCAGAACAAAAGUGCUGGAUUUAUUCUCUUGGGGUUUUCUGGAAACCUGGAGAUGCAAGCUUUUCUUUUUAUGUUGUUUUUGACCAUGUAUGGCAUGUCACUGUUGGGGAACACAUUAAUCACUCUAGUUGUCAGGCUUGAUCCUGCCCUUCAGAACCCCAUGUGCUAUUUAAUUGCCAGCCUAUCUUUGGUGGACAUCUGCUAUACAUCUGUCACAGCCCCUAAGAUGCUGGUGAACUUCCUUUCCCAAGAGAAAGGGAUCUCCUUUACUGGCUGUGCUACCCAGCUAUAUUUCCUUCUCUUUCUGGGGACUACAGAGUGCUUUCUUCUCUCUGCCAUGGCAUAUGAUCGCUUCUUGGCCAUCUGCAACCCACUUCGCUAUACAUCCAUCAUGAACAAGCAGCUUUGUGCCUGGUUGGUGGCUGGAUCAUGGGCCAGUGGAAUGGUGCUCUCACUUGGGCAGACAAGCUUAAUAUUUGCUAUGCCUUUCUGCGCAGAUAACCAGAUCAACUAUUUCUUUUGUGACAUCCCUCCACUCUUGAGACUUGCCUGCGGAGACAUAUUCAUAAAUGAAAUCACUGUCUUUAUGGCUGGGAUGUUAAUUACUCUGAUCCCAUCUCUGUUGAUUCUAGGCUCUUAUAUCCAUAUAAUCACCACCAUCCUGAAAAUUACAUCGACAAAGGGUAGGCAGAAAGCCUUCUCCACCUGCUCUUCUCAUCUCAUUGUCAUCACUUUGUUCUAUGGGUCUGCCAGUGCUAUGUAUCUGAGACCUAGAUCUAGCUAUGUUCUUGAGAAUGACAAAUAUCUAGCUCUGCUUUACUCUGUCAUCACCCCAACUCUGAAUCCCAUCAUCUACAGUUUGAGAAGCAAAGAGAUAAAUGAGGCUCUGAAGAGAAGGGUUGCUUCAAAAUGGUUUCUUUUCAAGGUCUGA